AUGUGCGGGGCAUACAUAGCGCCCGUCCAGCCGUACCUUGUACGAUCAAGCUUCCACCAGCCUGUUUGCCCCGACCUUGUGAUCUCUUCCAAUAUGAGCGUCUCUAACUCAUCCGGAUAUUCGGUAGAAGCUUCACAGGACAGUCUCAAGGGAAUCUUUUCUUUCGUCGGGUCGCUCAUGGCGGGCCAGCUUUCCGAUGUGCAUGGCAGAAAAACAGUGAUCAUGGUCGGCCUGUUGGGAAACAUCAUUCCAUAUCUUGCACUGACCGCUACCUGCUUGUCCUCAUGGUUUGUGAUCCUUAACGUCGCUGCGGGACUGAGCAGUUCUGCAGUGAAUGUUGGAAUCCUCUCAUAUAUUGCUGAUUGUACAAGACAAGACAAGCGCACAGCUGUAUACGGAUAUCUUUCUGUUUGUUCUGUCGUCUUCUUGCUAGUUGCAAGCCCCCUUGGAGGCCUGAUGUCCUCUCUGUGGAAAAACGGGCAGGCGAGGAGCUUCUACUUCUCAGCAUUUGUGCUCGCUUGUCUGCCCUUGCUCGUCUCGUUUUUCCUCAAAGAGCCCGCGAUUAAGGCUCGAGCAUAUCAGCAACACCAGGACUGCAGCUCAGAAGAAGAGGUCCAUGCAUGGAAACCGUAUUGUGAAUCGAGGAAUGUUGUGAUGAUGGUCAUGGCGCUUGCAAUCAACAUGGCAGGAGCGGCAGAGAGGUCAUUCUGA